AUGGGGAUUGCAGUGUACAACGUCUCUGCCACCUCAGCCAGAGUGAGCUGGCCAUCGUCCCCCGGCUGCCUCGACACCUUCUACAGCGUCAUGUACGACCCCAACUGGAACAGCCUGCUCAUGGGCUACAAGCGCAAGAGUUUCAUGCACGAGGAACGCAUCCCCGUGAGCCAGACCAGCACACACCUGGUCAACCUCGUCCCCCAGACCGCAUACUUCUUGUGUGUGACGUGUCAGGCCGCCAAUCCGGUACGGGACCAGUGCCAGGUGUUCAGCACUCCGAGCGAGAGCAGCGACGGCCACGACAGAGCGAGCUGGGAUCUCGCCAUGGGCGUCUGGCUGACCUGCUGCAUCUUGCUCCUGGUCAUUGCCGGCAUCCUGUUGUGGGGGUGUCUUCACACCAUCUGCUCCCUCCCGAGCCAGGCGGCAGACGCCUGCCCGGUGGUGACGAGCUCAGCCCUCCAAGACAUGUCCGGAUCCGGACCCCUGUACACUCCCCGAGGCAGCAGCACAGGCAGCGCCAAACACGCCACCGUCAUGCCGCCCCCCCGCCUCUCAGCGCAGACCACUAGCCACAUAAUUACCCAAGACCAUGAGCAGAGGACACUCGCUAAGCAGCCUGGCAGCGAGCCAGCAUGAAUCAACUGGAUUGAGGUCAUCACAGCAUUGUUCUGCUCGGACUGAAUUGUCUCUGAGUAUUUUCAUCUGCUGACAAAAUCCUAUUUGGGUUUAGGAGGAAAAUGUUUUCACAGGAACCAUUUAAAACAAGAUAUCACUGCACCGCUUCAAACCUGAUGAUAACUGUUAAUAAAUGUAAUUAAUAAUUUAUUUAUCUG